AUGUCAAGAUUGGAGACAAUUUUGGCACUGAUUGACCUCAGGAUGUUUCCUGUACUUUCUUUUUCUCUUAAACUUCCUGGUUUGCUUCAAAUAUGUGUUUGUGAUCAUUAUAAGUUACAGGGAGAGAAAUUGGUUAUGGUUGCAUGUGGAUGGCGGCAUACAAUAUCAGUCUCCUCUUCUGGUGGUUUGUACACAUAUGGGUGGAGUAAAUAUGGUCAACUAGGACAUGGAGAUUUUGCAGACCAUCUCAUCCCUCAUAAGCUGGAAGCUUUGCGUGAAAAUGUUAUUUCACAGGUGAUCUCUUAUUCUUCUUGGUCAGAUGCUGUUUUAUGGAAUUUACAUCAUUUUAGCAAUUGA